UGCCCCCAUCUGGCCAUCCGAGCACAAAUCGACCACGUACACAAAUCAACAUUCUCCAAAUAAAGUCGGAGACAACUUUCAACACAACCACUCUCUCAAUAAAGUCGGCGAUCAUCGAACAAACAACCUUCACAUGCAACAACUAUGAUUUUCUUUUCUCAAAACUUCUUCAAACUCUCUAAUGUCUUCUGAACAAACCAACAUCAAUGGCACCGACCCUAAACCUACAAAAACGACGCCGUAUUCAACUCCCAAUCAAAAUCAACAACACAUGAAACUUUGGGGCAUCCUCAUAUUCGGAGUUAUCGGAGCCACCGCCACCACUUUCGCCAUUGGGCAGCUGAGAAGGUCGGUUGAUUGGUUUCAUUCUCAGCAGGCAGCGUUUAAAGGCGGUUCGGGUGGCGGGUAUUCGAGAACAGGAGUUAAAGAUGAAGCUAGGAGAAGGUAUGCUCGACGGCUGCGGGAGGAGUUAGAAGAAGAGAUGGAGAGAGUGGAGCGUAUAAGGCGAAUGCAAAGUGUGUUCAAUAGGGAGAAGAUGAAGCACAGAAGGGGAUAUGAGAGGUGGAGGGAUGAUAGUUAUUGGGAAUACCAUCAACAUUUUCAACGUGACGAUUGGUAUUGGAAAACCGAUUCAAGUUAUGGGAAUUGGAGUAAUUACAAGGGAACUACUCAUACCCCUGCAAAUUAUUCUCUGUCUCAUCACUAUGCCGUUUUGGGUCUCGCCAGGUCGAGGACAACGCCAUACACGGAUGAUGAAAUUAAGACUGCAUUUCGGAGCAAGGCAAAGCAAUAUCACCCUGAUCAAAAUCAGGAAAACAAAGAGGUUGCUGAAGCAAGGUUCAAGGAAAUUAUGACUUCUUAUGAGGCCAUUAAAUCUGAAAGAAAGAAUAAUAUCAUUUAGACAGUUUAUAGAUUAGUGUAAUUAUUAUUUUUAUAAUUUGUAUAUGUAUUUGUUUUGUGUUGUGUUGUUAAACUAGUGAUGAAUAUGGUAUAGAUUAUAGAGGUGCAAAAGGGUACAAAACUAAUUAUUUGAUUGUUCUAGGGUUAGCAGAAAUAAAACCGUUAUUCAGAACCCAAAA